GCGAAAGCUGAAGCAGAAAGCCUGAAUUGUUUAAAUCCCCGCUGCAUCCAUCGACGCUCUUGUGUUACUAUCAACAUGAGCGGUCUACCGAGCCCACUAGUGGUGCCAAAUUCGGGAAAUUGGAUCGGAAAUGAUGGGAGCUGGUCAACGUUUUCUUUGCAAGUCGGUACACCACCACAACCUUUCCAAGUACUGCCAAGCAUCAGUGGACAGACUAUCUAUGUUCCUGUUGACGAAGAUUGUGCGCCAGAGCGUAUGAAUAUCACGGACUGUGGAUUUAAACGUGGUGUCGGGGUCGUUGAGUCACGACCGAGUCUUGGGUUCCAGAGGAAUAAGUCGUCCACAUGGGAGGGGGUGGGAGCUUACGAGAUGGAUCUUGGGAGCAAUCUUGGACUCACUGGGAGUGCCUACUACGGAUACGACAAUGUUAUUAUCGGGUCCAGUCAAGAUGUACUUCGUGUAGAGAGGCCAGCUGUCGCCGCGUAUGCGACGCCAGACUUUUGGAUUGGCCAACUUGGUUUGAGUAACAGUCCAGUGUUCAUGAAUGAGGCAAACCAGCCAAUCUCAUUCCUGAGUAUGCUGAAGGAGAAAGGAAACAUACCAAGCUUAAGUUUUGGAUAUCAAGCUGGGUCACCAGUUCGCUUGACAAAGGUGACAGGGAGCUUGAUACUUGGAGGACACGAUCGUUCACGCCAAUCCAACACUUCACUCACUAUUCCUUUGAACCCAGGCGUGGUCGUCGGUCUGCAAUCGAUCAGUAUAACGACCAUCGAUGGCACAUCCAAGCAGGUUUUAUCGAACGGCAUCAUAGCGACUAUCGAUACCAAUACUCCCGAUAUGUGGCUGCCAACUUCGGUAUGCGACGAGCUUGCCUCGCAACUUGGACUUACUUACUCUCCGGAAACAGACCGCUAUGUCAUCUACAAUGAAGCACGAUCUGCGAUUAAGUCAUCUUCACCUACCUUCAGCUUUGUCAUCGGCUCCUCCGCAACAGGAGGGUCGACAAUACCUAUCGAAAUACCGUAUACGGCUUUAGAUCUUCAAGCCGCAUAUCCCAUAUUCAGCGCUCCAGCUUACUACUUUCCGAUAAGGCGAGCUGCGAACGAGAGCCAAAUCACAUUGGGAAGAGCAUUCUUGCAGGAGAUAUAUCUAAGUGUCGAUUGGGAGCGGAGCAUUUUCAAUAUCAGUCAGGCACUGUUCAACAUCCCUCCACUUGCUCAAGAAAUUGUUACUAUCGAACCUAUGAACAAAACUAGUGGUCUUAUAGCUCUCCCGAAUAGUAAAACCCAGUCACUCUCCAUAGGGGCGAUUGUGGGUAUUGCCGUCGGCGCAGUAGGUCUCAUCCUUCUUAUUAUCUUAGGAUGGUGGUUUCAUUCUCGCAAGAGGAAUAGGAGAGAUCCCUCGCAAAUGCAUCCGGACCAACCAGAGGACUUCUCAACAGAUGGCAAAGAAUUUGCCGGAGUACGAACGGAUCAUAUGAGCAAGCAAGGUUGCAAGAACAGAACUGAUCUUGAACUCGAUGGUGAACAACCCAGAGAGAUGUACGCUCCACUCGAAUACUAUGGACAAGCUGGGCAUUUCACUGAACUGGUGGAGGCGGAAGCUCCCAACGCGAUCCAUGAGUUGCCGGGAGCAGUCCACGAGCUCUCCGCUUCGAACGAGCAAGUCAGGACUAAGUGAUAUAUACCUCUUAUUAAUCGAAUUGAGAGCCCUAAUUCUGUUCCUACAAUCGCCUCAAAUAUUAAUCCGUCUCCAGAACAGUAGUAUUGUUUGUCU